ACGAUCUCUUUUCCUCUAAUCCAGCUAUUCAACCUCGAUGAACAUUUCUAUCCACAAAACACCUCGACUAGUUAUUGCACUAGCAGUCCGAUAUACCUGUAUCUAAAUGACUUCUCCUCGCCCAUCCACCGUACUGAUUGAACAAAUUUCAAGAAACUUAGCGAACACCCGUGCUUCAUUCGGGCCCAAUUCACCGCAGUAUCGUGCUGUACUGGACGUGCUACGGGAAUGCAUUGCGGAAGCUGAAAGUUCGCGGAGUACGGAGAUGGUAGCACCAGAGAGCUCGAGGUCUGUAGCAAGGACGAUAGAUGCGGAGAUACAGGUGGAUCAGUUGCGUGUUUUGUUGGAAAGGGAGCUUAAGAUCGUCGAGCAAUAAUCGCGGAAUUUCAGCCAGGAGACCCUGAGUUGAAUACACACUAAUGCAACGAUGACUCCUAC